AUGGGUGAGCAGAUUGGGAUUGGGUUUAGCACACAAUCAGCAAGUCUAAAUAUGAUGCCUGGCUGGGGAGAUAGCUCGUGGGGUUAUCAUGGUGAUGAUGGAAACAAGUUUUAUAAAGAUAAUGGCAAACAAUAUGGACCAAAAUUUAUGACUGGUGAUACUAUUGGAUGUUGUUUAAGCUUUAGAAACAAUACGGUAUUUUAUACCAGAAACGGGGUGAAUCUAGGUAUUGCAUUCCGAGAUUUGGAAAAAGGAACUUUGUAUCCUUGUGUUGGAAUGAUGUCUACAGAUGGAUCUAUAGUAGCAAACUUUGGCGAUAGAAAGUUCAAAUACACAGAGAGUUGA